AUCUUAGACGUUUCGAUUACGUUGCAAAUGUUUUCUGUAGACGUAUUACACCGCGCUGCACCUGCUGAAGGAGUAGUCGCGUAUAUUAUGAAUUCACAUUAAAAACUGCGCAUCAAUUAAGUUGAUCGAAGUUGUUUUGUGUAAAAGGGCAGCCAGGCUGUCUUCAACUGUCAGUCAGAUGUCGACGGAGGAUCUGUCCACUUCCGACAGCGAAGCUGCCUUCGCGGGAGCUGGGGAGCGCUGGGCGCCCGUAGGAGCCGUGGCCAGCCCGGAGGAUGAGCAGUGGAAGAGGGUCACGCAGGCUGGUUCCGUGUUGUCCAGCGAUGCAGACAUGGUAGUCAGGGUGCGGAAGCUAGAGGAUGAGCAGGAGCAGCUGAAUUCAUCGCUCCUCGCGUUAACGUCUCACUUCGCUCAAGUGCAGUUUCGACUGAAACAGAUCGUCCACGCGCAGGGCGACGAGAAAGAGCGGAUGCUCCUGGAGCUGGAGGACUUUGCUUUCAAAGGAUGCCCUCAUGUCAUCGGGUGCAGAGCACAGGAUGCUCAGAUGCUGGAAAACUCUGAUGAAUUGAGUGAAAGGGAGAAGAGGGAGCGCUUGGAAGCUCAGAGAAAGAAGCAGAAAGAACUGAUUUUCCAGUUGAAGACCCAACUCGACGACCUGGAACGCUUCGCCUACCAGGAGGGCAGCUAUGACUCACUGCCUCAGUCUGUCGUCAUGGAAAGGCAGAGGGUGAUCAUUGAUGAGCUAAUAAAGAAGCUGGAUGUGAAUCUGAAUGAAGACAUUGGGAACCUCACACCAGAGGAGCUCCGACAGAGAGUGGACUCUGCCAUAGCUCAGAUAGUCAACCCAGCUCGAGUCAAAGAGCAGCUGGUUGAGCAGCUCAAGACCCAAAUCAGAGACCUGGAAAUGUUCAUUAACUUCAUACAGGAUGAAGUGGGGAACCCUCUGUUAAAUGAUGGUGUGAAGAGCCAGCAGGCUCAAGCAGCCGGUCCAAACUCUGGAGCCACUGGAGGGAUGAAGCGAGGUAAUUAUACUUUACUUUAUAAUACCAUUUUAUUCAAUUUUAAAGCUAAGGCGUGUAACUUUAAAUCCCUUUCUUGCCCAUCCAAAGUGGAUCCCGAACAAGCCCAGAGGAUACGGGAAACCGGGCUUCAGCUCAUCCAGAAAGCCUUAGCGGUUCUGCAGAUCUUCGCUCUGAGCCAGUUCGGAUGCGCUGCAGGCCACGUGCCCCAGAACAUGUGGUCUCAGGGAGCUGAAGCUCAAGAUUACGGUCCCUUGCUGCAGAAACUCGAAGGAGCCGUGGAGCGUGUGCGUCUGCAAGCCUCCCGCCAGCAGCCCAGCUCUCUGGAGGAACAUGUGGUCAGCCACUCUGCCUGCCUGUCGUUGGAAGGACCUCGGGACGAACUCACCAAUUUGGUGCGUAAAGAGCUAGCGUUUGCGCUCCGUGACCUGCUGGCCCACGGAUUAUAUGCUCCUUCUCAGGGCAUGAGCCUGGUCCUUGCCCCCAUUUCCUGCCUGCUGCCCUUCAGCUCUUCUCCUCAGUCCCUGCAUCCUUGGGAACUUUUCGUCAAGUACUAUCAUUCCAAAAACGGGCAGGCGUUCGUGGAAUCACCUGCUCGACAGCUCUCGCAAUCCUUCGGUUUGCCCGUAGGGGGCGGUCCUGUGACGGUCACACCCAAGCAGUCUCUGUUAUGGGCCAUCCAUACAGUUCUCAAAGAGCACGGGCGAUUCAAGCGUAGCGCGGACUCUGAGUUUAAGGCCUUAGUGUGCAUGGCUCUCAAUGAGCAGAGGCUUGUGUCAUGGUUUAACCUGCUGUGUAAGUCUGGGACGCUCAUACACUCACACUACCAGCCCUGGAGCUACAUGGCCCAGACAGGCUUUGAAGGUGCCCUGCGAAUCCUGGGCCGCCUCAGCCAUCUCAAAUUCAGCCUUCCCGUAGACUUGGCUGUCAGGCAGCUGAAAAAUAUCAAAGAUGCUUUCUAAGCAAAAAUAAAUUUGGUCAUUUUGGGCUAGAUUUACCCUCAUAAGUUUAAAAUUAUGAUAAAAAGCAUAUUCUGUAAUACUAUUUCUCUUUAUUCAGAAGUUCAAAUCAUAUUCCCAAAACAACGAGUACACUGUAAUUAAAAAAUGGAAGUGAAGCAACUGUUUUUGAGGCACUGUGUUGCUGUUUGCUCGAUUGCCUGGAUGUCUCCUUUAAACUGAAGAGGGUGAUUAUGUAGGCAGGUUUUAAUAUGCUGCAUCGGUCACAACUCAAAGGAAAUGUGCUCAGUUUAGUGACCCUGAGCAUGUAACCUUUUAGGGGGCUUGUUGUGUCAAUCACAUUACACUAUAUAGAAGAAUGUAUUACUUGAACUCUAUUCAAGGGCCAUUGCAAAUGCACUACUACAGUGUGCAUAUAUAUCAUACAUACAUAAACUGUAUGUAGCUGAAUGCACUCAUUUCCUGAGCUUGGACUGUUACUGUACCGUGCAUCACAGACAAAUCAUAAGAUGUUUUUUCUUUUAAAACUGGUUUCCAUUUGCAUUAUAUUGUCAUUAUAUUUAAAACACUGGGACAGUGCAUAUCAUAUUGCUGCUCUGUGUUCUUAUGGCUUUCUGAGAAGAGACCAUGCAUGCAAUCAACACACUCAGGCAAUUCUGAAAAGACGAAGAGAUGCUCAUUGGUGUUUGUAAAUCACCGGAUUCCACUCUACACAAACUUGCUCAUUUCAGCCAGCUGACACUGUAAAAUUGAUUGUAGAAAACUGAUCUUGUGGUAGUGCUGCUUGUUCGCUGCUAUGGGAGGAAGUGCAUCAAACAUAUUUGCUGAAUUUGAAACUGAUAUGCUAUCUGAAUUAUUUAUGUUCUGUUAUUCGUUGCCAGUGUUUAAAGGCUCUGCUUGAAUAUCUGUCUCCAUGUCUUGUCAAUUCUUCUUUACUGCUCUGAAAUAUUGAAUGUACUACAAUCAUUGAAAUUGUAUCCUACUUCUGUACACAUUCUGAUUAUAGAUUCCAUGUUCUUGAACCCUCUUAAAUCCAGAUUUACUGAAACCAUCAUGCAGUAAGAAGGGACUGUUUGUUACCAUUUACUGUAAAUUUGGUAUUUUGAAACUUUUUUUGUUUGUUGUUGAUUUGGUGUUUUGAAACUAUUAGAAUAUGGAGGAAUGGUUGUGAUGCAUUUAUUUGCCUUUUUUAAUUAGUUGUUUUAUUUAAUGUAGUCUCUUUUCCCCCUACACCUGAAUAUGUGAUUCUCCAUCUGUUUUGUUGUUCAUCAUAUCUAUUUCAGAAAUGAUUUCUAUCUUUGUGCACAUACAAUAAUUUAACAUCAGUGACAAUUACAUUCACUUUUUAAAAAUUGUGCCAUCA